AUGCCAACAGUUAUCAAGACUUCAGAGGAUCGGCCAGCUGGAACCAAGACACAUCAUCAACCGGAUGGGACAUUCGUGAAUCCAUGGCCAUCCUUCAAGUCCGGAGAUGCGAGCUUCUUGAGGGUGCUUUGGAAUUGGGAACGUGAACGAUCUAAACCUCCUCCAGAAUCUGAACGACUUGCCGUUCGGAAGCCAGACUUUGAGAAAAUCCAGCAGUUCUAUCAUGGGAAGAUUCAGGGCAAUUUCUUGCUGACGUGGAUUGGUCAUGCUGCUAUGUUGAUUACCGUGCCUCGGAUGCAUAUAUUGUUUGAUCCGUGUCUUUCUGAUCGUUGUUCGCCGUCGCAGCUUGUUGGACCGAAGAGGAUCACACCGCCUGCAUGUCAGAUUGAAGAUCUGCCACCUGUAGACGUGGUUGUCAUUUCGCAUAACCAUUAUGAUCACUUGGACAAAAACACCAUCCUAGCACUUGCGAAAUCUCCACAAACAUACUUUUUCGUACCUCUGGGCUGUAAAAAAUGGUUUACAGAUUUGGAGAUUAAGAAUGUUGUCGAGUGCGAUUGGUGGGAUGAGUACAAGUAUACGGUUGAGAGAGAUAUUGAGACUAGUGUUUCUGUUGCUGCAACACCAUGCCAACAUUUCUCUGGCAGGAGUCUGUGGGAUAGGAAUCAUACUUUGUGGGCAUCGUGGGUCCUAGUGUCUAAAAAUGCCAAGUUCUUCUUUGGAGGAGACACUGGACUACGAACGGUACCGGAAAACUUCGAAGGCGAUCUUGCAACACUACCAACGUGUCCUGCAUUCAACGAAAUCGGUGAAAAAUACGGGCCAUUCAACUUAUCAGCCAUACCAAUUGGAGCUUACUCUCCCCGGUGGUUUAUGAGUCGUGUCCACUGUGAUCCAUCUGAUGCAGUUCUAGUUCACAAGAUGGUCAAGAGCCAGAAAUCAGUCGGAAUGCACUUUGGGACAUUUAUACUGACUGAUGAGCCUGUUAAUGAGCCGCCCAAGAAGCUUAAAGAGGAAGCCAAAGCUGCUGGACUUGCUGAGGAUGAGUUUAUUACGAUUGAGAUUGGAGAGAGUAUUGUUGUGUAA